GGGUUUCCAAACAUUUUCUACCACAAAGCAAAAGAAGCAGCGAGAUUAUGUCGCAACAUACAAAAGUUGCUCCACCAACAGGUUUAGAGGAAACAGACUCUGUAACACUCACACGCUUUGUUCUACACGAACAACGCAAACACCCAGAGUCACAAGGAGAUUUAACCUUGUUGUUGACUUCCGUCCAACUGGCUUGUAAGGUAACAGACUCUUGUGUGAGAAAAGCAGGUAUUGCUAAACUUUAUGGUUUGGCUGGAGGAGGUAACGUCUCUGGGGACUUGCAACAAAAGCUGGAUGUUAUCUCCAACGAAACUUUCAAAGUUAAUAUUGAAAGUAGUCAAAAGGUAGCAGUGAUGGUCUCAGAAGAGGAGGAACUGCCUAUUGUCGUGGAAAAGCAUAAUCGUGGAAAAUAUGGAAUCGCUUUUGAUCCUCUCGAUGGCUCUUCUAAUAUCGACUCCAAUGUUACCAUCGGAAGUAUUUUUAGCAUAUUCCACCUCCCAGACGCUGAAAAUAUUCAAACGACAGAAGAUGCAGCAAGACAAAUCAUGCAACCAGGUAGAAAGAUAGUAGCUGCUGGAUAUGCAAUGUAUGGAAGUGCAACCAACCUCGUACUGUCUUUCGGUAAUGGAGUUCAUGGUUUUACGUUGGAUCCGUCUCUUGGAGAAUUUGUGUUGACUCAUCCCAAUAUUAGAAUUCCUCGUCGUGGUAAAAUAUAUUCCGUGAAUGAGGGAAACUGUAAAAAUUGGGACAAAUCGGUGACUCAGUAUAUUCAUUCGUUGAAGUUUCCUUCUGAAGGUAAAUCUCCUUAUUCUUUGAGAUACAUUGGUUCCAUGGUAGCAGAUGUCCAUCGUACUUUGCUGUAUGGAGGAAUAUUUUGCUAUCCCGCAGAUAAAAAGAAUCCUAAUGGGAAACUUCGUUUGCUAUAUGAAGGAGCUCCUAUGGCCUUCUUAAUGGAGCAAGCUGGGGGAAAGGCAUCUACUGGAACCGAAAAUAUUCUUGAUAUUCAACCACACUCUAUACAUCAAAGAACUCCCGUUUUCAUGGGUAGUUAUGAAGAUGUUUGUGACUUGGAGUCGUUUUGCAAGUCUGCUUCUUAAAUAAACUUUGUGAUAGGAUUUGUUGGAUUUCUUUGUUUUCUCAAGAUGAAAAUACAGAGCAUAAAAAUUUAUUCAAAUGC